GCCCGGGGCCGAGCAGCCAGCCGCCCGCGGAGCGUCUUUGCCGCCGCCGGCCGAGGACGAGCAUGUGUCCUGGUUUCCAGCUCAUUCCUGGGCCCGGUUCCUCAGACGACGGCGGUGACGGCGGCGGCAGCAGCAACAGAGCAGCAGCCCGGCAGCAGCGCUAAGGCAGCCCAGCGGCCCCCAGGGUCCCCCGGUUCAAGAUGAUGUGCGAGGUGAUGCCAACCAUCAGCGAGGCUGAUGGGCCCCCAGGAGGCAGCGGGAACCACGGCAGCGGGGCUGGCUCCCCCGCGCAGCCCGACGCCGACUCGCACUUUGAGCAACUGAUGGUCUCCAUGCUGGAGGAGCGUGACCGGCUUUUGGACACGCUGCGGGAGACCCAGGAGACCCUGGCGCUCACCCAGGGCAAGCUGCAUGAGGUCGGGCACGAACGGGACUCCCUGCAGCGGCAGCUGAACACGGCUCUGCCUCAGGAGUUUGCAGCGCUGACCAAGGAGCUCAACGUGUGUCGGGAGCAGCUCCUGGAGCGGGAGGAAGAGAUCGCCGAGCUGAAGGCUGAGCGGAACAAUACCAGGCUGCUCCUGGAACACUUGGAAUGCCUGGUGUCGAGGCACGAACGCUCCCUGCGCAUGACGGUGGUGAAGCGGCAGACUCAGUCCCCGGCCGGCGUGUCCAGCGAGGUGGAGGUGCUCAAAGCCCUCAAGUCCCUGUUCGAGCACCAUAAGGCUCUGGACGAGAAGGUGCGGGAACGGCUGCGUGUGGCCCUGGAGAGGUGCAGUCUGUUGGAGGAGGAGCUGGGGGCCACGCAUAAGGAGUUGAUGAUUCUGAAAGAGCAGAACAAUCAAAAGAAAGCACUGAACGACGGGGUGAUCGACCUGAACCACGAGCAGGAGAAUGAGCCCAGCACUAACGGAAAGCGCUCGUCCGAUGAGUCGUUGAGCCACGAGGAGGACCUGGGCCGGGUUCUGGAGCUGCAAGACCUCCUGGACAGGCAGUCUCGCGAGCAGACCCAGAUGAAGGAGCGCUUGGCCACACUUUCGAGCCGCGUGGCCGAGCUGGAGGAGGAUCUGGACACGGCCCGCAAGGACCUCAUCAAGUCGGAGGAGGCCAACUCCAGGCUGCAGCGAGACGUGCGGGAGGCCAUGGCCCAGAAGGAGGACAUGGAGGAGAGGAUCACCACGCUGGAGAAGCGCUACCUCGCCGCACAGAGGGAGGCCACUUCCGUGCACGACCUCAACGACAAACUGGAAAACGAGAUCGCCAACAAGGACUCCAUGCACCGGCAGACGGAGGACAGAAACCGGCAGCUACAGGAGCGCUUAGAGCUGGCGGAGCAGAAGCUGCAGCAGACACUGAGGAAGGCGGAGACGCUGCCUGAGGUGGAGGCCGAGCUGGCCCAGAGGGUGGCGGCACUGUCCAAGGCCGAGGAGAGACAUGGGAACAUUGAGGAGAGGCUGCGGCAGCUGGAGGCGCAGUUGGAGGAGAAGAACCAGGAGCUUCAGCGGGCCCGGCAGAGGGAGAAGAUGAACGAGGAGCACAACAGGCGCCUGUCGGACACCGUGGACAAGCUGCUGUCCGAGUCCAACGAGAGGCUCCAGCUGCACCUCAAGGAGCGGAUGGCGGCGCUGGAGGAUAAGAAUUCUCUAUUACGGGAGGUCGAGACCGCAAAAAAGCAGCUGGAAGAAACGCAGCAUGAAAAGGACCAGCUGGUGCUGGGCAUGGAGGCCUUGAGGGCUGAGCUGGACCAGAUGCGGCUGCGGGGAGCUCCUCUGCAUCACGGCCGACCGCACUUGGGCAGUGUCCCUGACUUCCGGUUCCCAGCCACGGACGGCCCCGCAGACACCUACGGAGGAGCAGUGCUGCGGCGACCCCAGAAGGGUCGGCUGGCAGCACUGCGGGACGAGCCCUCCAAAGUGCAGACACUAAACGAGCAGGACUGGGAACGGGCCCAGCAGGCGAGCGUCCUGGCCAAUGUGGCUCAGGCCUUCGAGAGCGACAUGGACGUGUCCGACGGGGAGGACGACCAGGACGCCCUCCUCGGCUCGACGCUGCUGUCACCCAGCGGGCAGGCGGACGCGCAGACCCUGGCCCUGUUGCUGCAGGAACAGCUGGACGCCAUUAACCAGGAGAUCAGGCUGAUCCAGGAGGAGAAGGAGAACACAGAGCAGCGGGCCGAGGAGAUCGAGAGCCGCGUUGGCAGUGGCAGUUUGGACAAUCUCGGCCGAUUCAGACCCGCCAGCUCCACCGCCCCACCUGGCUCCUCCCCGCCGCCCAGCGGCCGCUCCACGCCCCGCCGCAUCCCGCACAGUCCAGCCCGUGAGGUCGACAGACUCGGCAUCAUGACGCUGCCUAGUGACUUAAGGAAACACCGUAGAAAGCUGCCCCCCCGUGAAGAGCCCCCGGAUGACAAGGCCACCAUCCGGUGUGAGACAUCGCCCCCCGCGUCCCCGCGCUCCCCUCGCCUGGACCGUCUGCACAAAGGUGCCUUGCACACGGUCAGCCAUGAGGAGUUGCGUGACUUCCGCAAUUCUACCGGCUCCCAAGAUGGCCCCGUGAGCACCCCGAGCAGCAGCAACAGCAGCCAGGACUCGCUGCACAAGGCCCCCAAGAAGAAGGGCAUCAAAUCCUCCAUCGGCCGCCUAUUCGGCAAGAAAGACAAGGGUCGGCCUGGCCACCCCAGCAGGGAGCUGCCUGGACAAGCUGGGGCCGCUGACACUGAGGGCUCACCCCAGGAUGCCCUGGGGCCUGGCAAACUGGGUGGACAGGCAGAAAAGAACCGGAAACUUCAGAAGAAGCACGAACUGCUGGAGGAAGCCCGCAGGCAGGGUCUGCCCUUCGCGCAGUGGGACGGGCCCACUGUGGUGGUGUGGCUGGAGCUGUGGGUGGGGAUGCCCGCCUGGUACGUGGCCGCCUGCCGGGCCAACGUCAAGAGCGGCGCCAUCAUGUCGGCGCUGUCGGACACGGAGAUCCAGCGCGAGAUCGGCAUCAGCAACCCGCUGCACCGGCUCAAGCUGCGCCUCGCCAUCCAGGAGAUCAUGUCACUCACCAGCCCGUCCGCGCCGCCCACCUCCAGGACGACCACAGGAAAUGUCUGGUUGACCCACGAGGAGAUGGAGACGCUCACAGCCGCGCCACACACGGAAGACGAGGAGGGCACGUGGGCUCAGACCCUGGCCUACGGAGACAUGAACCACGAGUGGAUCGGCAACGAGUGGCUGCCCAGCCUCGGCCUCUCGCAGUACCGCAGCUGCUUCAUGGAGUGCCUGGUGGACGCCCGCAUGCUUGACCACCUCACCAAGAAGGACCUGCGCGGCCAGCUCAAGAUGGUCGACAGCUUCCACCGAAACAGCUUCCAGUGCGGGAUCAUGUGCCUUCGGAGACUGAACUACGACCGCAGGGAGCUGGAGCGGAAGAGGGAGGAAGGGCAGAACGAGGUCAAAGACGUGCUGGUGUGGAGCAACGAGCGGGUGGUGCGCUGGAUCCUGUCCAUCGGCCUCAGGGAGUACGCGGGGAACCUCACUGACAGUGGCGUCCAUGGCGCCCUCAUUGCCCUGGACGAGACCUUCGACUUCAGUGCCCUGGCGCUCCUGCUGCAGAUCCCCACGCAGAACACGCAGGCCCGCGCCGUCUUGGAACGAGAGUUCAACAACCUUUUGGUGAUGGGGACUGACCGGAGGUUUGAGGAAGACGAUGAGAAGAGUUUCCGGAGGGCGCCUUCCUGGAGGAAGAAGUUCCGGCCCAAGGACGUGCGGGGCUUGGCCUCGGGGUCCGCCGAGACCCUCCCCGCCAACUUCCGGGUGGCGCCGUCUCUGGCCUCGCCCUCGGCGCAGCCAAAGAAGAUGCAGGUGGAUGGCAGCACGCCGGCAGCGCAGAGGCUGGACUCGGCCACAGUCAGGACUUACUCCUGCUGAAGCCCGGAGUGUACCCGCACUACUUCUACCGGUGACGUGGCGCUGCAGGCCGGCCCGGCCCGACGGCGCCGUCGUUUCAUGUCUGUUCAUACACUUGUUCUACCGACCCGAAGAUAUUUUAUUACAGAGUUUUUAAUUAGCGAAGAUUUCAUGACUACCAUAGAGGAAAUAUUUUAGAACUCCGUGUUUCUUAUAUUUAUGUCGACUUACAACUCCUUCAUUUCUCUCGGACGUCUCUCCAGCCUACAAAUAAUCCUUCCCGAUAAAUCCAUGACCCUCCUGUCUAAUCUAGUCUUCUCCAGACGGAAUGUACUGUAAUGCUCGUAUUGUAUAAAUCCUGUGAACAACACAUAGAGGGCUUUUUUUUGUAAAUUCCGCGAUACUGUAAUUACCCCUGUUCGAUUUUUAAUAAUAAUAAAUCAUGACAGAGAAAGGGGUUCAGGGCUGCAUUUGUCAUGGUGCCUGCAGGGACCUCGGCGCACGGCCUUGGGGGACGCCACCUUGCUUGCUCGCUCUGUUCGGACAGACCCUGCCCCCCCAGCAUGGCACACUGCAAGGACCCGUUCCAGGACAUGGGGACGGAAGGACAGACGCAGCGUCCCAGCCACAGCUUCACGACCAGCAGAUACUGAGCCAGGGCAGGUCUCAGCUGAGAGACAGGCCGGGGGUCCGCGCUGCCCCCCACGGGACACGGCCCAGGGGCGCCGCUCUGGGCACCAAGGACCAAACAGGCCGCGUCUCGGGGCAGAGCGUGCAGCUCGGACCCAGGCCCACCUUUCUGCCUUCAUCCCAUCAUCCUGUGUGACGGGCGGACCCAGAUCAAACCCAGCCGUGUCUGAGUUCUGAGUGCAAGUGACUUUUCCUUUCGGCCUAUUAAAGAGUGGGUGGGUGUGGGUGGAUGCUCUGCUUCCUGUGCAAGGGAGAGUCAGAGAGACAGCGAGAAAGAGAGCGCGAGAGAGCGACGGGCGGGUAGCCCUUUCCACGUCGGGUUCUGUCUUUCCUUUCCUUGUACAAUCCAUUGUUACUGUCCUGUUUUUCUAUUAAUCUUUUGUGAACGCCAGAUUAUGUACGAGAGUCUGUACAGUCUACUUUUGAACUAUUUUUAUCACAGUAUUAUUUAUUGCUUUUCUUUCAAUAAAGUCCUGAAGCCUUUUCCA